ACCCCUCGGGCUCCAGCAUGAGCGGCGGCAGCGGGGGCGGCUCCUCGGCACCCGGCCGCUUCGCCGACUACUUCGUCAUCUGCGGGCUGGACACCGAGACCGGGCUGGAGCCGGACGAGCUCUCCGCUUUAUGCCAGUAUAUACAGGCCUCUAAAACCCGAGAUGGUGCCAGCCGUUUCAUUUCAAGUGCAACAGAAGGGGAGAACUUUGAACAGACUCCGUUAAGACGCACAUUUAAAUCCAAAGUUCUUGCUCGCUAUCCUGAGAAUGUUGAAUGGAACCCUUUUGACCAGGAUGCAGUGGGAAUGCUGUGUAUGCCUAAAGGGCUUGCUUUCAAGACACAAGCAGAUUCCAGAGAACCUCAGUUCCACUCUUUUAUUAUUACUCGUGAAGAUGGCUCACGGACAUUUGGAUUUUCUCUCACGUUUUUUGAGGAAGUUACUAGCAAACAGAUCUGCAGUGCGAUGCAGACAUUGUAUCAUAUGCACAAUGCUGAAUAUGACAUUCUUCAUACUCCACCCACAAAUGACAAAGAUAGCUGCAGCAGCACUGGAGACUGCAAUGGCACUUCUGUUUCAAAGCUACAGCGUUUUAACUCCUAUGACAUCAGCAGAGACACACUCUAUGUCUCAAAGUGCAUUUGUCUGAUUACUCCAAUGUCUUUCAUGAAAGCUUGUAAGAAAGUUCUAGAACAACUUCACCAAGCAGUGACUUCACCUCAGCCGCCACCUCUACCUUUAGAAAGCUACAUCUACAAUAUUCUCUAUGAGGUUCCUCUUCCCCCAGCAGGAAGGUCAUUAAAAUUUUCAGGUGUUUAUGGACCAAUUAUCUGCCAGAGGCCAAGCACCAGUGAACUACCAUUAUUUGAUUUUCCAGUUAAAGAAGUUUUUGAAUUGCUUGGAGUAGAAAAUGUGGUUCAACUCUUUACCUGUGCCCUCUUGGAAUUUCAGAUACUGCUUUAUUCACAGCAUUAUCAGAGACUGAUGACUGUGGCAGAGACCAUCACAGCACUAAUGUUUCCAUUUCAGUGGCAGCAUGUGUAUGUUCCUAUCCUUCCAGCAUCCCUCCUUCAUUUUCUAGAUGCUCCUGUCCCUUACCUCAUGGGCUUGCACUCUAAUGGGCUGGAUGACAGGUCUAAGCUGGAACUUCCUCAAGAGGCUAACCUGUGCUUUGUGGAUGUAGACAACCAUUUCAUUGAGCUGCCAGAAGACUUGCCCCAGUUCCCAAAUAAACUUGAGUUCAUUCAGGAAAUUUCGGAGAUACUAAUGGCUUUUGGAAUUCCACCUGAGGGAAACCUUCACUGCAGUGAAAGUGCCUCCAAGAUGAAGAGCCUCAGAGCAUGUGACCUGGUUUCUGAUAAAAGAAAUGGGAACAUAGCAGGAUCACCUUUGAAUUCCUAUGAGCUGCUAAAGGAAAAUGAGACAAUUGCAAGACUCCAAGCACUUGUAAAAAGAACGGGUGUGAGUCUAGAAAAGUUGGAGGUGCGAGAGGAGACCAGUAGCAAAAAGGAUCUUAAAAUUCAGUGUGAUGAAGAAGAAUUCAAGAUUUACCAGCUGAACAUUCAAAUCCGUGAAGUUUUUGCCAAUCGCUUUACACAAAUGUUUGCAGAUUAUGAAGUAUUUGUCAUUCAACCCAGUCAGGACAAGGAAUCUUGGUUUACAAACAGGGAACAGAUGCAAAACUUUGAUAAAGCAUCUUUCUUGUCGGACCAGCCUGAACCUUACUUGCCUUUCCUCUCGAGAUUCCUGGAGACCCAAAUGUUUGCAUCUUUUAUUGACAAUAAGAUUAUGUGCCAUGAUGAAGAUGAUAAAGACCCUGUUUUGAGAGUAUUUGAUUCUAGAGUGGAUAAAAUUAGGCUGCUAAAUGUUAGGACGCCGACUCUGCGCACAUCUAUGUAUCAAAAGUGCACAACCAUUGAUGAGGCUGAGAAAUCUAUUGAAUUAAGGCUAGCAAAAAUAGAUCACACUGCAGUCCACCCACACUUGCUGGACAUGAAAAUUGGACAAGGGAAAUAUGAGCUUGGAUUUUUUCCGAAGCUUCAGUCUGAUGUUUUAUCCACUGGACCAGUAAGCAACAAGUGGACAAAGAGAAAUGCUCCUGCACAGUGGAGACGGAAGGACAGACAGAAGCAACACACAGAACACCUGCGUCUUGACAAUGAUCAGAGAGAGAAGUAUAUCCAAGAAGCCAGGAAUCUGGGCAGCACUAUUCGGCAGCCCAAACUGUCUAACCUCUCUCCAUCGGUAAUUGCACAAACAAACUGGAAGUUUGUAGAAGGCUUGUUGAAGGAAUGCCGAAAUAAGACCAAGAGGAUGUUGGUUGAAAAAAUGGGUCGCGAAGCUGUGGAGCUAGGUCAUGGUGAAGUGAAUAUCACCGGUGUAGAAGAGAAUACCCUGAUAGCCAGUCUGUGUGACCUCUUAGAAAGGAUAUGGAGCCAUGGUCUGCAAGUCAAACAGGGAAAAUCUGCUUUGUGGUCUCAUCUGUUACACUACCUAGAAAACAGACAGAGAAAAACUACAUCAGGCAGCUUCAGUACCUCAGGAAUACUUCUUGAUUCAGAAAGGAGAAAGUCUGAUACCAGUCCAGCCAUGUCACCUCUUAGAAUCUCUCUCAUCCAGGAUAUGAGGCAUAUCCAGAACAUUAGUGAGAUCAAAACAGAUGUUGGCAAGGCCAGAGCUUGGGUUCGUCUCUCCAUGGAAAAGAAGUUGCUCUCUAGGCAUCUAAAACAGCUGCUUUCAGAUCAUGAACUCACAAAAAAACUCUACAAGCGUUAUGCAUUCCUCCGCUGUGAUGAUGAGAAAGAACAAUUCUUAUAUCAUCUCCUGUCAUUCAAUGCUGUUGAUUACUUUUGCUUUACCAAUGUUUUCACAACAAUCUUGAUACCAUACCAUAUAUUGAUUGUUCCUAGCAAGAAACUUGGUGGCUCCAUGUUUACAGCAAAUCCUUGGAUCUGUAUCUCGGGAGAACUGGGUGAAACAGGAGUCCUGCAGAUUCCCAGGAAUAUAUUAGAAAUGACUUUUGAGUGCCAGAACCUGGGAAAACUGACCACAGUGCAAAUAGGACAUGAUAAUUCAGGGCUGUAUGCCAAGUGGCUAGUGGAAUAUGUUAUGGUCAGAAAUGAAAUAACAGGGCAUACUUACAAGUUUCCCUGUGGAAGGUGGCUUGGAAAGGGAAUGGAUGAUGGCAGCUUAGAGAGGAUCCUGGUGGGAGAGUUGCUGACUUCACACACUGAGGUUGAUGAGCGGCAGUGCCGAACCCCUCCUUUGCAGCAGUCACCAAGCAUGAUCAGAAGAUUUGUCACUAUAUCACCAAACAAUAAGCCAAAGUUAAAUACUGGUCAGAUACAAGAAGCUAUUGGUGAAGCUGUCAAUGGUAUUGUCAAGCAUUUCCACAAGCCAGAGAAGGAGAGAGGCAGUCUGACGCUCUUGCUGUGUGGAGAAAGUGGACUUGUUUCAGCUCUUGAGCAAGUGUUUCAGCAUGGGUUUAAAUCACCGAGACUCUUCAAAAACGUCUUUAUUUGGGAUUUUUUAGAAAAAGCACAAACUUACUAUGAGACCCUUGAGCAGAAUGAGAUGGUCCCAGAAGAGAACUGGCAGACAAGAGCCAGGAAUUUCUGUCGCUUUAUCACUGCUAUCAACAACACCCCUAGAAACAUUGGGAAGGAUGGCAAGUUUCAGAUGCUGGUGUGUCUUGGAGCCAGAGACCACCUUUUGCAUCACUGGAUCGCCCUGCUUGCAGACUGCCCAAUUACAGCACAGAUGUAUGAAGACAUAGCACUGAUUAAGGAUCAUACUCUUGUGAACUCUUUGAUUCGAGUGCUGCAGACCUUGCAGGAGUUCAACAUUACGCUGGAGGCAUCUCUUGUCAAAGGAAUCGAUAUUUGACCUCUUGUCCCACAGGAGAAACUGUCUUUAAAAAAAAAGAAAAAAGCAACAAGGAGUGAAGCUUGUUAGUAUGCAAAAGUUCUGUCUGCCAGUACAUUGUAUCGUGAACUCGUUCAUGGCCCUAAAAUGCAACUUUGACUUUUCUUGAAGGAAACUCCAAAAACAGUACAGGCAAAUGGAUAGAAGCUGUAAACUCAAUGUAAAAAAGAGGAUUUUGGUAUAAAUCUAUUUUAGAGUUUAUUUGCCGAUUUGCUUUUUACACACUUUCAUGUGAAAGAGAUAGAGAUGAGUAUUGUGCAGCUUAUUUUAAAGCUGCAGUAUUUCCUUGCCAUAGAAAAUGUGCAGUGAGCCUUUCAGCAUUCUGUAAACUUGCCUUCAGAUAUGCUGUAUGUCAUAGACCCCAAUGUAUACACUCCAUUUCUGCUGAGAAGGUCAUUCUAUAGUUUUUAAACUAAUAUUUUAUAUAUUAACAUUAUUACCGAUGUUUGAUUUUUAACGUAUUGGGUCAUGUUUUGCUGCAAGGGAACUACGAAUCUGAUGUGUGCUUUUUUUUUUUAAUAUCUCCAAAGCACUGAUUUGUCAACAAAUCAUUUUUUCCUUUAUUUUUGUUGUCAGUAUUAUUUUUAGUGAAAUCCAGGAAGACUGAACCAUGAAAUGUGCAGAGAUCAAAGUAAUAUUUUUCAUAUUGGUACGUAAUUGCACAGAAGAAAUUAAGUGUGUUUUUUAACUGAUGUUUUUUAUUUAUUUAACCUAUUGUUAUGUUUUGUAAGUUUGUCUUUAAAAAAAAAUCUAAUCUUCUAUGAUACAACUGGCUAUAUUAUGUUGCAAUUCAGAAUUUACAGUGCAGCCCACUUAAAUGAAAAACCUGGAAUAAUUGUUCACAACACAAAAAUGUUUCCACUUGAACCAGCCUUUUGAAGUUUGGUAUAUGGUUGCUGCUGGUAAUUCUCUUAACUGCUAAUAAAGAGGGGCAUGAGUUCCCCAAAUGCCAGAUGACUAAAUAAAGAUGUUUAUGCCCUCACGAAAUAAUAAUGGUAUACCUUACUAACAAAUAUAAGGACUUCUUAAUUUUUCUGAAAAGAUAGUGAGUGGUAAGGUUUCUUUUUUUCCUUUUGAAUGAAUAUGUCUUGGGUCCAGUUGUCACAGUCUGCUUCAUUUGGGAUACUUUUGUUUUUAGCAGAGAAAGCUUUAGUCCACUUCUAUAGUAAAACACAAACAUUUUGAAAGCUUAAUUUAUUGGAGAUCUGGAACUUGGCAAAUGCCUAAAAGCAUCUCCGUUCAUUUGACUCCUCUGAUUAAAAAUAUCUUUGAAAUGAAUAUGUGACUUAAGAACAGGCUGAUUUAUCAGCAUCACAAAUUACUGUACAGAAGUUCAGGGCUAUGUAUUUAAGAGGUCUCCACUGUAUAAACUUAUCUCAGUAUUGUCUCUCUUGAGAAGCAGAGUCCAAGUUUUUUGCUUCAUACAAUGUUGUAGCACCUUUUCUUUACCUACAGCAUAGUCACAUCUUGUGAUAGUUUUAUUUCCAUAAUUUAUAAGUAUAGCACAUGUAUUAAAUUUUUGACUAUUUUUACUUUUGUCCUAUUUAUUUCAUUAUUAAACUGAAAAGUUCCUUUGUCACUACUUAUCAGAGCAAGAUUCUUUUUUGAUUUCACAGUAGCAUUAGGAAGAUGUAAGGGCAAUGUCCAAGCCAUUCCUCAUGCUGGGUGGGUGUGAAUUCUUUCACAGCCUGGAGCUUACGGAAGCAGUUCACAGAAGUAUUUUGUGUGUGCAAGUUUGGUUUUCUUGGUUUUUUUCCAGCUUUGGAAGGGCAAAAAUAAAACAGAUGUACUUUAUUCUAAGAAUUUCAUGUAUUCAACUUAAUAUGCUGGGAUAAUCUGUAUAUGCUUGCCCCAAAUUGCUUGUUUAUAUAUUAAUAAUAGCAAAAAAAAAAAAUUACAGCGCUUUCAGCUAUAUUUAAGGCAACUUUACUAGGCCUGUGUAUUUCACAGGGAAUACGUCUACGUAAGAAAGGAGGGUUGCAUUAAUUACUUUGACCUUAACAGAUUAGUCGAUCCUGUUGAAACUGUAUCUCUCAUAGUAUUAAGUAUGGAUUAAUUUUACCUUGCAUGAGGUAAUUAACCCUGAAUUAAGGUUGGUUAUUUUCUUUUUUUCUUCUUGCCACACUAGGUGAACUUGUGUAAUGAUUGGUUUAAUGGCUUGCUCUGGUGUGGAUCUUUUUGGCCUCAUUAUGACAGUUAGCGAUACCUGAACACAGGCUGGGGUUUGCUGGUUCCCAAGAGGUGGGUUCUUUGGCUAGCACAUGAGGGUGAUGCUGUCCAUCAGAGACAGCACCCUGUGUGCUAGCUGUCCAGAUGCAAAAGGAAGAUGCAGAGGUCAUCUUCCCAGCUCCUCAGUUACUUUAUUUUCACAGGAAAGACCGCUUUCUGAUAGCCCCUUCCUUCUCUCAUAGGGGGUCUGUGCUUAAUCCUGUGAGGAUUCAAAGCACUUUUUGUUAUGGACUUCCAAGUCUGGAAGGAUUUGCUCCACUGAAGGACCAGUAGAAGAUUCUGAAAUGCAGCUGAAAAAAUGUUGGGUUUGUUGGAUCCAGAGGCCACCAAGGAAGACUGAGAUAUUAAAUAUAGCUAUGUGGUAGCCCGGGCUAGGGUUUUGGGAAGACAUUUGGUUGGCAUAUCUAAGAACAGUUCAGUCUGAGUAGCAGUCAUAAUCCCUAGAACUCUUCAGUUUUUACCACAAACCAACCUCCUUCUUUCAUUGAUGUAGCUAGCAUCAGUCCCACAGAGUAAUGUUAGGAUCCAGCAUUUGCUCCUUCCAUGCCAUUCUACUGAACUGGAUGACUCUGUAUAAGAACAAAUGGUGUAGUCAGCAUCUUUUUAACUAGAGCUUUGUAAAAUCCAUCUCCCUUUGUAAAACAAGCAUUGUAAUUUUUGUUCAGAAAUGAGCUCUAGAAUACUGCAAUUGUAACCUUUUUUUUUUUUUCCUCUGUUACUUUUCUAAAAUAAGGGAGCAGGUUUAGUAGGUGCAGGUUAAUGUGGCUAUGCUGUUUUCUUGUUUGGGGUUUUUUUGGUAACAGUUAAUGGGAAAAGAUAAUGGUUUUUUUAACAGCACACAUGCAUUCUGUAGAGAGAAAUGUAAUGAUAAAAAAUAAGUAGUUCAUAAUGCAGUAAAUAUAUAACGCUAAAUUGGCCAAACACAUUUACAGGCUGAUACCUGAUUUGGGGGGAAAAAAAAAAACCAGGCUGUCACCUAUCAAUUAUUUAUGCUUCCUUGAUUAAUGCUGUCAGAGUUGAUACAAUGAUACUUUAUACAAAAAGAAAAUGCACAUUAAUAAAGACUUGAUUUAAAUGUAGUGAAACACUAUGACGAUAAGUUUAUACAAAAAAAAAAGCCUUUACCUGCCGUAAACUUAACCAUCUGACAUUGUGUAGCUGAAAACAUAUUCAUGAACUGAAGACUAUUCCACAACUUUUUCCAUUACAAAGCGUGUUUUUCAAAUUGUUCAAAUGGGAUCUACUAGCUGGAUGAUCCAUCUUUUUGAUGUGUUUUGAAUUCAUGAAUAUGUUAAGAUUUCUGCAGUGAAACUAUUCAGAGUUAACUUUUUCUGUAUAUUGUCAAAUGAUUUUUGUCUGUAGUUCAAGAUACUAUAGGAUACUUGAAAAUACGUGAAGAUAUUGUACACGUACUUCACAUCUUUGUAGUUCAUUAUUUUAUACCUAGAGAUUGGCUGUUAAACUAAGAUAAAGCAUUAAUACGUUAUAAACUAUAUAUUUUACUACGUGGGGAAAUCACUGGCUUGGUUUUUUUUAAGGGCGGGCAUUGAAGUUUACAUUAUAAUGACAAAACCAGGUACUGUUUUCCUGUUUUAUUUUUCCUGUGACAUUUCAAUCCCUUGGACAUUAAAUGUGAAUUGGAUAUACAAAACA